AUGGCGACGCAAACACUGCCAACACUCACUCGCGGUGACGUCGAGUCUCACCGCUCAACUUCCUCCUGCUACGUAACCGUCGGCAACGAAGUCUACGAUGUCACCGAUUUCAUUGAAGACCACCCCGGUGGCGGCGAGCUGAUCAUGGAGUACGCCGGCAAGGAUAUCACCGCCAUCCUCAAGGACGAUGCGUCGCACGCCCACUCCCAAGCGGCCUACGACAUUCUCGAAGACAAGCUCGUGGGCCUCCUACCCUCCGCGAACGCAAACGGGAGCGCCAAUGGCAGCGCCAACGGCAAGGCUAAGGGGGCCGUCAGGCGCAAGGUGCACCCGCGGACCGGGAUGGCGUGCGAGGAAGACCUCAGCGUGGACACCGACUUCGACCUGGACCUCCGAAAGCACAAGUUCCUCGACCUCAGCAAGCCGCUACUGAUGCAGGUGUGGAGGAGCGGCUGGAGCAAGAGGUUCUAUCUGGACCAGGUCCACCGGCCGCGGCACUACAAGGGCGGCGAAUCGGCGCCGUUCUUUGGCAACUUCCUCGAGCCGCUGUCCAAGACGGCCUGGUGGAUGAUUCCAUUGACGUGGAUCCCCUGCGUCGCGUACGGAACCUAUGUGGCGGCGCAGGGCCUCCACCCCCUCGCCCUACUUCUGUACUUUGGCUUUGGAUUCAGUCUCUGGUCACUCAUUGAGUAUGCGCUACAUCGAUUUCUAUUUCAUCUCGACUACUAUCUUCCCGACAACCGAGUAGGAAUUACGCUGCAUUUCCUGCUGCAUGGAGUUCACCACUACCUCCCCAUGGACAAGUACCGACUCGUCAUGCCCCCGGCCCUGUUCUGCGUUCUCUGCGCGCCGUUCUGGCCCCUCGCCCACACCAUCUUCUUCUACGACUGGUACGCGGGGACGGCCGGCUUCUGCGGCGGUUUGUUCGGGUACGUCUGCUACGACAUGACGCACUACUGGGUUCACUUCUCGAGCCCGCCGCUCUGGUACAAGGAGCUCAAGAGGUACCACAUGGCGCACCACUACCUCGAGUACGAGCUCGCGUUCGGCAUCACCAGCAAGUUCUGGGACGGCGUGUUCGGCACCGGCCUCCCCGAGAACCCCAAGAUGGAGUAA